AUGAAGUUUUCAAACCUUGCGUCAGUAUUACUAAUUGCUGUCAGCUACAAAUAUGUCUCCCUUUGUGAAGCUUUUUCACUUUUUGAGGAUGGCGCUACCUUUCCUAAUUUUGGUAAGCAACCAAAGCUCGCACAGAAUAUUCAACAAUCACUUAAGGCGAACCGCUUAAACUCAGAUGAUUCUCUAACUACCACCUUUGUCUCGCCUAUGGAUACGGAUUAUAGUUUGAGGCUGAGAAGCGUAGAUCCCUCUAAAUUAGGGAUUGAUACUGUCAAACAAUGGUCUGGGUAUAUGGAUUAUAAAGACUCCAAACAUUUCUUUUAUUGGUUUUUCGAAAGUAGAAAUGAUCCCGCUAAUGACCCAAUUAUACUUUGGUUGAAUGGUGGGCCCGGUUGCUCCUCCUUCACUGGUUUGUUGUUCGAACUAGGGCCCUCAUCGAUCGGCGUUGAUAUGAAACCAAUCCACAAUCCUUAUUCGUGGAAUAAUAAUGCUUCGAUGAUAUUUUUGGAACAGCCUUUAGGCGUUGGAUUUUCAUAUGGUGACGAGAAAGUUUCCUCCACAAAAUUAGCAGGCAAAGAUGCUUACAUUUUCUUAGAGCUAUUUUUUGAAGCUUUUCCUCAUUUACGUUCCAAUGAUUUUCAUAUCGCAGGGGAAUCUUACGCAGGCCAUUAUAUUCCUCAAAUUGCCCACGAGAUAGUCGUUAAAAAUCCUGAAAGAACCUUUAAUUUGACCUCCAUCAUGAUCGGCAACGGUAUCACCGAUCCUUUAAUCCAAGCUGAUUAUUAUGAACCAAUGGCAUGUGGUGAGGGGGGCUAUCACCCUGUUCUUUCAUCUGAGGAAUGUAAGAAAAUGAGAAACGCUGCCGGCCGUUGCCGUAGAUUGAAUAAAUUAUGCUAUGCUUCUAAAUCGAGUAUCCCAUGCAUACUUGCCACAACUUAUUGUGACUCUGCCCUUUUGGAACCUUAUGCGAAGACUGGCCUCAAUGUCUAUGAUAUCAGAGGGCCGUGCCAAGACAAUAGUACUGAUGGUAUGUGCUAUACCGGUCUUCGGUAUGUCGAUCAGUACAUGAAUUUCCCCGAAGUUCAAGAAACAUUAGGAUCCGACGUACACAGCUAUUCUGGUUGUGAUAAUGACGUUUUCACAGGAUUUUUGUUUACUGGUGAUGGUAGCAAACCAUUUCAGCAAUACGUUGCAGAACUUUUAAAUCACAAUAUUCCGGUAUUGAUCUAUGCAGGUGAUAAAGACUAUAUAUGCAAUUGGUUGGGAAAUCACGCGUGGACUAAUGAACUGGAGUGGAUCAAUAAAUCUAGGUAUCAGAGAAGAAGGUUGAGAUCAUGGGUUAGUGACGAAACUGGUGAAGAGUUUGGACAAGUCAAGAACUAUGGCCCCUUUACCUUUUUAAGGGUAUUUGAUGCAGGCCACAUGGUGCCCUAUGAUCAACCGGAGGCAAGUUUACAAAUGGUUAACAGCUGGAUUUCCGGUAACCAUGAAUUUUCCAAGUCCUUUUCAAAACUCUAA